AUGGCAUAUUCAGCUGGCAGACGUCUAGUCGGCAAGACAAUCCUCAUCACCGGAGCCUCUUCUGGCAUCGGCCGCAGCACAGCCAAGGAGUUCGCGCGUGCCGCCCCAGAGAACCUGAAAAUAGUCCUCGCCGCACGCAGAAUCGACUCACUGCAAGCCCUCGCACAAGAGAUCCGCGUCGAGGUCGGUGCCGGUGUCAAGGUGGUCCCCGCCCAGCUUGAUGUGAGCAAGCCAGAGGAAAUCCAGAGCUUCAUCCGGAACCUGCCGGCCGACUUCCAAGACAUCGACAUUCUCGUCAACAAUGCUGGGCUCGUAAGAGGCGUUGCCCAGGCGCCCGACAUAGCGCCUGAGGACGUGGAGGUCAUGUUCUCAACCAACGUACAAGGUUUGGUCAAUAUGACGCAGGCGGUCCUCCCCAUCUUCAAGUCACGACCCAAUGGCGGCUCUGGCGACAUCAUCAAUAUCGGCAGCAUAGCUGGGCGGGAGCCGUACCAGGGCGGGAGCAUCUACUGCGCAACCAAGGCCGCUGUGCGCAGCUUUACCGAUGCCUUGAGGCGAGAACUGAUUUCAACUCGCAUUAGGAUUAUCGAGGUGGACCCUGGACAAGUCGAGACGGAGUUCUCUAUAGUUCGUUUCUACGGCGACAAGACCAAGGCGGACGCUGUGUACAGCGGUUGUGAGCCCCUCACGCCCGACGACAUCGCAGAGAUCAUUGUUUUCGCGGCCGGGAGGAGAGAGAACGUUGUUUUAGCGGAUUCCCUAGUCUUUCCCAACCACCAGGCCGCCGCUACCAUCAUGCACAGAAAUCUCUAA